AUGGCAAGUGGCGACUCCUUCUCACUCGUGUUCGUCGCGCGUCUCCACAGGAAGGUGAGCUUGGAGAGGCCCAACAACGUCUUAUUCCUAAAAUAUGAGGACCUGAGGGAAGACACUGCGGGGAACCUAAAGAGGAUCGCGGAGUUCAUGGGGGUUCCUUUCUCGGAGGAGGAAGAGAGGGAUGGUGUGAUUGAAGAGAUUGUAAAGUUGUGCAGUUUGAGCAGCUUGAAAGAGUUAGAAGUGAAUAAAACUGGCAAGCCGGGCGUUUGGUCGACCGAGAACAAGACGUACUUCAGGAAAGGAGAGGUCGGCGAUUGGGUUAAUCAUAUGACUCCUUCCAUGGCGGAAAAGUUGGAGAGGAUUAUGGAAGAGAAGCUGAGCCCUUUUGGGCUAAAAUUUAGAGUGAAAUAG